GCCAGCGCCACUACAAUAGCAUAUCGAUAUAACAUUAAAUAGGCGUUAAACCUCUACAACAGUAUAAAAAUGGAUUAACAGCAGAUUUUUUCCCGUCCUUUCAAGAAACGCUCUCUGUUCCCGGGGAGCUGAUAGAAGAAGAUGACCCUUUUCUCUUCGCUGGAGGAGGCUUUGCUGCUGUGUGGGGGAGUGGGUUACAUCCUGUGGCGUUUCCUGUGUUUGUAAACUAGACGGUGUUGAAAACGUCGGGCGAGUGAAGCUAAAAGUUUUAAUGCUAGAUGAGUGAGGUGGGUGUGGCUUCCCACCAGCCCGACCAUCCUGACUGACGGAUCUCUGGAUGACCUUGUCCCCACCCCUGUCCCUGCGCUCACAUACACCACAGCAAUGUCACAUCUGCCCAGCAGCUCAGUCCGCGACCAUAUGAAAUGGGCGGGGCUGCUUGGCUGCGAAGCUGUCCUCUCCAGUAUGGCCCUGAUGCAGGCCAGCUCCAUGGCUGCUCCGCCCAAAAAAAUGAUGGCUCCACUUGGCCAUGGACCACCGCAGAGAGAGGGACCUGACCGUGCUCCCCAGAGCCAUAUGAUCCUCCCUUCUGGAAUGAGCUGUCCACCCCUGCUUAUCCGGAAGGAAGGUGAAUUCCAAGCUCCCCGCCUGCUGGAUGAGAAGGAGAUGAGGGCCAACGAGGACAUGCAGCAGAAAAAAAAGAACAGGAAGUCAGUGACGCCCUGUAAAGUGAGAGAACAAGAAGGAAGGGGAGGGAAGGGCACAGGUGGAGAUGAGAAUGGUCCAUCAUCCAAAGUGCAGAAAAACUUUAUUUGUGAUCACUGUUACGGAGCAUUUAGAAGUGGAUACCACCUGAAGAGACAUAUCCUCAUUCAUACAGGGGAGAAGCCGUAUGCUUGUGCCGUAUGUGACAUGAGGUUUAUUCAGCGUUACCACCUGGAGAGACACAGCCUCAUUCACACGGGGGUGAAGCCGUACGCUUGUUCCAUGUGUGACAUGAGGUUUUUCCAGCGUUACCACCUGGAGAGACACAGACUCACUCAUACGGGGGUGAAGCCGUACGCUUGCUCCAUGUGUGACAUGAGGUUCUUCCAACGUUACCAUCUGGCAAGACACAGCCUCACUCAUACUGGGGUGAAGCCAUACGCUUGCUCCAUGUGUGACAUGAGAUUUUUCCAACGCUACCACUUGGCAAGACACAGCCUCACUCACACGGGGGUGAAGCCAUAUGCUUGCUCCAUGUGUGACAUGAGAUUUUUCCAGAGAUACCACCUGGCAAGACACACUCUCACCCAUACGGGGGUGAAGCCAUACGCUUGCUCCAUGUGUGACAUGAGGUUCUUCCAGCGUUACCAUUUGGCAAGACACAGCCUCACUCAUACUGGGGUGAAGCCGUAUGCUUGCACUAUGUGUGACAUGAGGUUUAUACAACGUUACCAACUGGAGAGACACAGUCUUACUCAUACAGGGGUGAAGCCGUACGCUUGCACCAUGUGUGACAAGAGGUUUUUUCAACGCUACCACCUGGCGAGACACAGCCUCACUCAUAUGGGUGUGAAACCUUAUGCUUGCACCAUGUGUGACAUGAAGUUUUUUCAGCGUUACCACCUGGCGAGACACAGCCUCACUCAUACGGGUGUGAAACCUUAUGCUUGCACCAUGUGUGACAAGAGGUUUUUUCAGCGCUACCACCUGGCGAGACACAGCCUCACUCAUAUGGGUGUGAAACCUUUUGCUUGUACCAUGUGUGACAUGAGGUUUGUUCAGCGUUACCACCUGGCAAGACACAGCCUCACUCAUACGGGUGUGAAACCUUAUGCUUGCACCAUGUGUGACAAGAGGUUUUUUCAGCGCUACCACCUGGCGAGACACAGCCUCACUCAUAUGGGUGUGAAACCUUUUGCUUGUACCAUGUGUGACAUGAGGUUUGUUCAGCGUUACCACCUGGCAAGACACAGCCUCACUCAUACGGGGGUGAAGCCGUAUGCUUGUUCCAUGUGUGACAUGAGGUUUAUUCAGCGUAACCACCUGGAGAGACACAGCCUCACUCAUACGGGAGAGAAGCCAUUUGCUUGUGACAUGUGUGAUAUGAGGUUUAUCCAGCGCUACCACCUUGAGAGACACAAGCGUGUCCAUAGUGGGGAGAAGCCUUAUCAGUGUGAACGGUGCCAGCAGAACUUUUCUCGGACAGACCGGCUGUUGCGGCAUCGGCGGUUGUGCCAGGGUCGCAGUGUAGCCAAAGUAGAGAACCAGCCAUGCUGCGAACCACGCCCAUAUCCCCAAGAGCCCCCACCCGCACCUCCAACCUGGAGUCCCCUGCAUCCCCCUCCAGGCCGGCUGGCGGUCUGACAUUCCACCUUCCCUACAUCUACAACCCCGCCAGAGACGGGACAAGCCACAGGGUUUCUUCUUCUCAGCUCUGUGCUUAGUGGCGCCACACUCUAGCACAGACUGAUCUUGCAGCUCCAGUCUUGGGAUUACUAAUGACAGAGGGACAUUUGUGUUUUUGUUUUGUUGACUUUUUACUGUGUUUCCUUUUUCUUCCCUGUUUUUUUAAAAGACGAGACUUUUCUGUGAUGAACAGUGGUCCUGUUUUGUACUUAAUCUAUUUGAUUUUUGCAAAAAGAAAAAGGUUUUUAUUAUUGUUGAAAUAUAUCUGCAUUUGGUGGUACUCGGGAAGGGCAGUGGGUAUUGUUUAUCCUGACGUGUUAGCAACAAAAUGGGAUGAAGUGGUGAGGAAAAGUAUUUGAGCUUCUUUCUGAUUUUUCCUACGUGGCCAAUUUUGUCACAAAAGGAUUGUCACUUAGGUCAAAAUUGAUAAAACUGAACUUUCCUUCAAGGUAAAGUAAGGAAACCACUCUAUUGACCUCUCAUGUCAACCAGAUCUUGCUUGCCUUUGCAGCUAACAUAACGUUUAGCAUUAAGACAUUUCACUGAAAGCAGUAUCUGGUCUAAAUAUGACUCAAACAAAAUUUCCCUGACUUCAUCAAUAUAGGAGGUACAGUUUUAAUGAUUACUUUGUGUACAUAAUUGAAAAUGAUUAUUAUUAUUUCGCUACAGGACUUGAGUGGUGAUUUUUUUUUUUUUU